GAGGGGGGGGGGGGCACCAAUGUGACAGAUCUCCAGAAGGAGACUAAAAAGCUGAAACCGAAAGCACCGGUCACUUUGGGCAGCGUGGGUAGGAAGAUCGGCCCUCGGCAUAUCCAGUUAUUGGCCGAGGAUGGUGAGGAUUUGGGUACAAUGCAUCGUGCUACUGUGAUACGACUGAUGGACCAAACAGGCCCGAAGCUCGUUGCCAUAAAUGACAACUGUGAUCCUCCAUUAUACAGACUGAUGAAAGGGAAACAGAUCCACGAAGAGCAGAUGAAACUCAGAGACACACAGAAAGCCAAGAAAGGUCCUGUCCAAUCAAAGGAGCUCAAUUUCUCCUCCGAUAUCUCCCUUCAUGACCUGGACACUAAACUGCGGCAAGUUGUCAUCUGGCUGGAAAAAAACAACCAAGUCAGACUCACAGAGCACGAACUCACGGUGGCACAUCACUGGACAAAGUCUUAAUGCAAAUGGUGGAGAGGAUAUCAGUGGCUGUUGGCUUUGUAUCGAAACCGUCUGUGGUUCGUGGGGGUCGUGCUGCCAUGUGUGUCCUUCGGCUUGCUUCUGCUAAAGAACUGCAGAGAAAGGGAGCAGAGACUUCGAACAAGAAUUUAAAACCUGACUCGGAGACACCAGCAUAAAUGGCGUAAGACUCCAAAAAUGUUGCUUUAGAAAGCUUUAGGGUUCACUGGAAUAUGACUCAUGGACUCUACACUAAGAGGGGCUCUAAAAGGUGAACCACUGGAUUUGCAGGGUCGUUGAGCUCAGAAUAAAUGGAUUUUGUUUUGCUGACAACACUUUCUGAUUUAACGGGCUCUAAAUCAGAACUUAUUAAACUCUGGGAGGUUUCUGGGAAGUCUGGUUUUGGUAAUUUACAGCUUUCAGAGCUGAAAGAAGGCAAUGGACCAUUUAAUUGCAGAUUCAUAAUGGUUUCUGAUUGGCUAUUUUGUGGCACCGAAGAUUCAUCUGAAUUUGAAGUUUCUGUUAGACGUUUGUUUUUUGGUUUGUGGCCACUCAGACGGGACGCCAGGGAGUGCUUCGGAUGGGGUUUCAACUGAAAGAGACAAUAAGGGCAGUUAUUUUCAACUUAAAAACAUUUUAAAUACCUGUUGUACAACCUAAAGACUAAAAGUCCGUUUCAGCUGAUCAGUAAUAAAUACUGCAAGUAGUUACCCUGCUUCUUUUCAGGAUCAUGAACCACACCAUGGCGCAGUAAACUUUGCUGUA